GAGUGAAGUGAAGUGUGGAGGGUGGCGCAUCCCGGAGUGUCCACAGCUCCGCAGCAUCCCGGUGAGGCUCCGGACGGUGACGAGAAAAAGUUCCGUUUGUUCACUCGUGAGGAGUCACUCCGGUGUCGGGUCGGUCCGGACGGGUCCGCGAUGCGCACACGCGCACAGAAGUGAACUUUUCCCGGUUUGCUGAGGGCGCGCGCUCACUCCGAGGAGGACCUACUUUAUCCAAGAAGAAAAGAGAAAGACGCGCGCGCCGUCCUGUCCGUGGAUUUCAUGUUUUCACGGAUUCUUCUUCAACACGAGGAGAAAAGUUUGAGCUGAUCCACGAGGAGGAGAGCACGAGGAGGAGAGCACGAGGAGGAGCAGAGAGGAGCAGAGAGGAGCGCACGGGACGAGGACAGGGGACAACUUGACGAUGGAGACUUCCACAUCGAGAGCCGCCGAGAAAAAGGACAAAAUGGACGGCAGCGGGUUCUCCGACCUCCCGAAGAAACCGUCGCCCUCAGAGACGAGAGGCCCCCACCACAUCUUCCCCACCUUCCACACGCCGAUCCCGAUUGACAUGCGUCACCACGAGGGACGAUACCACUACGAGCCUCACGCGCUGCACGCCAUGCACGGCCCUGCAGGUUUGGCUGGCAGCCCCGUCAUCUCCGAUAUCUCCUUGAUCCGCCUCUCCCCCGCCACCAUGGCAACCGGCGACUCUCCCUUCAGCCCGCCUCACCCGUACGUCAACCCUCACAUGGAGCACUACCUGCGCUCCGUGCACGGCAGCCCAACCCUGUCCAUGAUCUCAGCCGCCAGAGGACUGAGCCCAGCCGACUUGGCCCAUGAGCAUUUAAAAGAACGCAGCCUGUUCGGACUUCCUCCUCCUCCCGGGGCGAGCCCGGCUGAGUAUUACCACCUGAUGGCCAGCCACCGCAGCCCCUACGGUGAGCUGCUCAUGCAGGGGGCCGGGGCCACGGCGGGGGCUCACCUGUCCGACUACAUCACCCCCAUCGACGUGUCGCGGUUCUCCAGCCCCAGACUGACGCCCAGGCUGAGCAGGAAGCGGGCUCUGUCCAUCUCGCCGCUGUCUGACGCCAGCAUCGACCUCCAGACGAUGAUCCGCACCUCGCCAAACUCGCUGGUCGCCUACAUCAACAACUCGCGCUCCAGCUCGGCCGCCAGCAGCUCCUACGGACACCUGUCGGUCGGAGGCCUCAGCCCGUCCUUCCCCUUCCCUCAUCCCAUCAACCCCAUGGCCUACCAGCAGCUCCUCUCCCAGCAGCGAGGGCUCAGCGCCUUCGGCCACACGCCGCCUCUCAUCCAGCCUCCGCCCGCCUUCUCCAGCCGCCAGCCGGGCCUCGGCCUCUCCUCUCUGCCCGCCUCCGCCCACAACAGCGACCUGUCGUCCAAGAACCUCAGCGCUGACUCGGCCGUCAGCAGCACUGUCGACCCGAUCAUCACCAAAAGGUCAAAGGUGAAGAUGGAAGCAGAGGGAUUGAGGCCGCUGUCUCCGUGUUCACCGAACCAUCACGGCAGCCUGCUGGACCUGAAGGACGACGUGGACCGGGACGACUGUAAGCAGGAGCCCGAGGCCGUCUACGAGACCAACUGCCACUGGGAGGGCUGCAGCAAGGAGUACGACACGCAGGAGCAGCUGGUCCAUCACAUCAAUAAUGACCACAUCCACGGAGAGAAGAAGGAGUUUGUGUGCCGCUGGGAGGACUGUUCGCGGGAGCAGAAGCCCUUCAAAGCUCAGUACAUGCUGGUGGUUCACAUGCGCCGACACACAGGGGAGAAACCACACAAGUGCACGUUCGAGGGCUGUGCUAAGGCCUACUCCCGUCUGGAGAAUCUCAAGACUCAUCUGCGCUCGCACACUGGCGAGAAACCGUACGUCUGCGAGCACGAAGGAUGCAACAAAGCCUUCUCCAACGCCUCGGACCGAGCCAAACACCAGAACCGGACACACUCCAACGAGAAACCGUACGUUUGUAAGAUCCCCGGCUGUACGAAGCGCUACACGGAUCCCAGCUCUCUCAGGAAGCACGUGAAGACGGUCCACGGCCCGGAGGCCCACGUCACCAAGAAGCAGCGCAGCGACCUGCCGCCGAGGCCGCCAGCGCCCAGGGAGAACGGCGAGAACGAGACGGGGAACAGAGAAAGGAUCCAGAGGGAGGAUAAGAUAUCAGACAGCAGCUCCCCCAGAGGCAUGGACGACUACCUGCACGUCAAAUCCAUCAAGACGGAAACCUCUGUGAUGUAUCAGUCCAGCCCUGGCGGUCAGUCAUCAUGUAGCAGCGAACCAUCACCACUUGGCAGUGCCACCAACAAUGACAGUGGAGUAGAAAUGGCGGCGCACAGCGGGGGAAGCCUGGGGGACCUCAGCACCCUGGACGACCUGCCCUUCGUGGAGUCCUUGGGCUGUGAAGAUUCCAGCGGUGGGGUGGCGGUGGUGGGUCUCCACUUCCGAAAGCAGUUUUGCACCAGCCAGCGCCUAGAGCACCUGAAGAAGGAGAAGCUGAAGACAGUGAGGGACUCGUGUCGGUGGGCCAGCAGCACAACACCCCCGGUCCUCGGCACCAAGCUCCCACCCAUACCAGCGAGUGGGUCCCUCCUGGAGAGUCCAAUGGGUGGUGGUCCGAUGUCCUUCCCUGGUUCCGGCUUGGGUGAUCUGAGCUCUGGCAAAACAACGCUGCUGGAAAACCUUUCCGAGCGCCGUGACAGCACCUCCAGCACCCUGAGCUCAGUUUACACCCUCAGCCGCCGCUCCUCAGGCAUAUCGCCUUGCUACUCCAGUCGGCGCUCAAGCCAGGCCUCGCAGUUCGGUGCCAACCGCCCCAGCAACGUCAGCUCUGCCGACUCCUACGACCCCAUCUCUGCCGACAUCUCACGCCGUUCCAGUCAGGCCAGCCAGUGUGGAGGAAACAACGGAGGAGCAGGAGGGUACGGAGGAAGGGGCUUACCCAGCCCCCUCAGCCUGACCCCGGCCCAGCACUACCACCUCAAGGCGAAAUAUGCUGCUGCUACUGGAGGUGCACCGCCUACACCUCUUCCAUAUAUGGACCGAAUGUUUAAGACCCACACAGCCCUGUACAGUGACUCCCAAGAAACCUCCACCACCAACAAAGUACCUUCCAGACAGUACAGCAGUUACACCACGCGGAGUCUGAUGCCCCAUGAGGUCCCGGCUAACAUCCCCCGCAGAGCCAGUGACCCAGUGAGACGAGUGGCUCUAGAUUAUUCCAGCCAGCAACAAAUGCAGCGCUACAACAGCAUGGGCACGCUGAGUGGAGGCGUGAGCAUGCAGCCCCAUCCACCUCCUGCAGCAGAUAGGCAACAUUUAUCCCAGCAAGGCUGCCCGCGACAGAAUGGUAGUCCCUACCGCCACCCGUACAGCCUGCGACCGCCCAGCAUUUCAGAGAAUGUUACAAUGGACAUGAUGGCAGGCGACAUCCCUGAGGAAGACCUGAUGCUGCCUGACCUAAGCACUAACAGAGUGUCAAUCAAUCAAGAUUUCCAAGGAACCCCCAAUCUCCAGCAGCAGUCACGCUAUCAGAGACGGAUGGCCGUGGUGAAUACUGAAAUGAACUUGCCCAGUCAGGUUCUGGCCACGUCCAGCAUGAGUCCAGGGCAGCAACGACAGAUGUGCCCAUCUUCACCGAGGGACAGUAAGGCCAACAACGUCUCUUUGGGACCCAUGGAAGCCAGCCAGCACUACUCCAAACUACAGGUCCGAGGGAACCUGGCUGUCCUCCAGCAAAACCAGAACUUUGGAUCUUUUCACAACAACUCUAACCAGCAGAUGAUUCAAAACCUUGUUAACAGCACGCAGCAGAUAUGCAAGAAGCUGAAUCCUGAACCAGGAGCAAACUGUUUCCAGCAGCAGAGAUUCCAGCAGUCGUCCAAUCUCAAUGACGGAAUUAGUUCUCAGUACAGGUUCAACGGAGGCAUCAGCCCCUAUGACACGAAUGGUAACAGCACGUAUCCAGCUUGUAAUAACACAGCAGCAGUCAGCGGUAGCAUGCUCAGCCCCACGUGCAAACAGGAGCCCGUUGAUAUGGAGAUUGUUGGCAUGCACAUUGCCGAUGCUGGAUUUCAGCCUGUGCAGGUUAAAAUUGAGGACUGUGAUGGACCAGUCAUGAUUUCAGAUCAGCAGAACUGUAACAUGCAAACUGGGAAUCAGAGCCACCUCCAACCAAGACCACCAACAGUACCUAAAUCUCUAAACAGGCACCCUUCAGGGCCAAAGGUGAUGCAGCAAACAAGGCACCCCAGUAACGCUAACCUGGAGGUCACUCUUCAUUGCAGUGACAGCUCUGAUGACAAUGCCGUGUACUACACAGGGCAGAUUCAAGUGUUUGAGCCCAACGGGACCUUGGACCAUCAUGUUUCUCCCGUGGUGACUGUGCCUCCUUUUGAAAUCGAUGCAGUGUCUCCCAGUUCAGGCAAUAACCAAGCGUCCAGGACUGUGGACUGCAAUGCAGCGCUGGAGCAGGCGCAGAUAGACUUUGAUAUCAUGCUGGACGACGGGGAUCACUCCAGCCUCAUGUCGGGAACUUUGAGUCCAGGUCUGCUCCAGAGCUUGUCCCAGAGUUCCUCUCGCCUGACGACGCCCAGGAACUCCGUCACGUUGCCCUCUGUGCCGGUGGCGACGGGGAACAUGGCCAUCGGGGACAUGAGCUCGUUACUGACUGCUCUGGCAGAAGAGAGCAAGUUCCUCAACCUGAUGUCUUAGCCGCACGUUGUGGCAAACUGUCCACCGACGGAAACGUCUUUGCAGACUUUUUGGACUCCUGAUGCACAAUAAACACUCAACCCUCUUAAAAGUGAUGUGACUGUGUGCCAAACGCUCUGCAGUGUGACUCUUGUACAGUCUAAAAUGUUAAUUAUUUAAUUAUGGCCAUUUUCUAUCUUUUUGAAAAGCCAUAUUUUUGUUUUUUUUGCCUUGGGUAGUAAAUCUGACGUGAACAACAGAAUUCUUUCAGUUGUUGUACAGGGCUGCAGUAAGAUCAGUUUACUAAGUGCCUGGCUCAGCCAAAACAUAUGCAUGCUGUGCAUAUGAUUACAUCUAAAAGUGUAUAAAUGCAACCAGGUAACGAUCUGAUUCCUACAUAUUUGGAAUGUACCGUCACCACCAACUUGUUUCACACUGUAAAUUACGUGAGAUGAACUGAAUCUGUAUCAAGUCGUACCAUCACAGCAUUUCCAGUUUACAGUCACCGUCCUCAGUGAGCCAUUAUUUGAUUGCUGCAUUGCUGCUGAGAUUAACUGUGACGUCUCAGAGAUUUGAUUUGUGACUGAAUCAUGAAGCCGUGCAUUGAUGAGUCUGUCGUGUCGUGGCAG